AAAACAGAGAAUCUGGUUUCAGAUUCCAGUGAUCAGUUCGAUCAGAGCGGAUACAAAAAUCUUAUCUUCCCUCAGCUUCGAAUACCGCUUGAGUUUUGUAAAAUCUAACAGAGAGAAGCGUUGUAAAUCGACAGGCCGAUUUCAUUGAAAUUUUAUACAGAAAUUUCUGAGAUAUGUAAAGAGAGCAGUGAUUCAGGUUUUCACUGAAUCGUAGGAUGGACCCUUUGACGGUAGCCACGCUUGCGGUGGCAUGCUUCGUAUUGUACCGGAUAAUCAAUUUUACAGUCAAGCUGUUUAAAGUUGCUUUGCUCUUCGAAUACCCGCUAAACGCUGAGGAAAUACCGAGUCUACCUUUCAUAGGCCAUGCGUAUCUCUUUAUUGGGGGUAAUGAAGCCAUAUUGAACAGGAUAAAUCAACUGGGGAAAAACUAUCCUACGUGUUGUCGAGGUUCAAUUGGUGACCAUACAGCGUUCGUCAUAACUUCACCUAAACAUCUGAAGGACAUACUCCUCAGUCCGAAGACCAUUGAGAAAAAUUACUUGUACGAAUUCGGGCGACCCUGGAUGGGGAACGGAUUAGUCACAGCUCCUGCGUCAGUAUGGGAAGUGCACCGAAAACUCAUUCAGCCGUCCUUUAAUUCCGUGGCUCUCAAGUCUUUUGUCAAAACAUUUGCCACUCUGUCAGGGACACUGGCCAAAAAGAUGGAGCAACACUUGGACGGAUCGGAAUUCGAAGUACGCAAAUACGUUUCGCUGUGUGCAUUGGACACAAUCUGUGCGACGGCUAUGGGCAUCAACCUGAAAGCAAUGGAGACCGAGAAAUGUGAGUUCGACGAAGCAGUAACUAAGUUGAUAAAUAAUAUCGUCAAACGAGUCGUUAGCCCUUGGCUGUACCCAGACUUCAUUUUUAACCGUACUCAACUUGGCACGGACCAAAGGAAACACAUUAAGUUUAUACAAGAGUUUGGUAUCAACGUCAUCCGACAGAAGAAAGCAACAAUCGUCCAUCGUAGUGAUGAAGGAGUAUCGGCCGAUAAUGAGCAAGAUUCUUUUGGUAAGUCCGCGGCUGGACCUCAGAUACUGAUAGAAAAUCUCCUGAGACUAUCGAUCGACAACAAAACACUGACAGAUGAAGACAUCCGGAAUCAUGUUGAUACGAUGAUCGUAGCUGGCACCGAUACAGUGGCCAACACGCUGAACUAUGUUUUGUUGAUGCUGGCAUCCCACCAAGACAUUCAGGAAAAAACAUACCAAGAAUUGUGUGACAUUUUUGGAGAGAAUGUCUUACACGAUGACAGUGAAGAGUUACAGUUUACGAUGGAUCACUUGGCGAGAAUGACGUACAUGGAAAGAGUGAUGAAAGAAACUAUGCGCCUGUUCCCGGGUGCGCCCAUAAUCGCCCGAGAGGCAACGGAUGAAUUGGAAUUAGGCCAAUUUACUUUGCGAAAAGGGACUUCGCUCAUGCUUAAUAUUUUCGGCGUUCAUAGAAGUGAGAAAUACUGGCCCGACCCUCUCAAAUUUGAUCCAGACAGAUUCUUACCCGAAAGAUUCGCGACACAAGAACCAUACUCGUACUUACCAUUCAGUGGGGGACGAAGAAAUUGUAUCGGAUCGAAGUACGCUAUGAUCUUCAUGAAGACAAUCACCGCAACGAUUCUAUGGAAGUACGUUCUGACCAAGGAUAAAGUAAUACCAGUCAAAGAUUUACGGCUGACGUUCGAUAUUUUACUGGGAUCUGUUUAUCCCGACACCUUAAGGAUUAGGAGACGCGUUAAAUAGCAUGCUUUUCAGUAAAGCAACGUCUACUGCAUAGUAUAACCCACGUACAGUUAUCAAUUAUGUUUCGUAUUAAAGAAUGCAAAUAACAUUACCACACUGCACAAGUUCAUUGACGUUGAAAUCGACUGGUCUUUGAUCUCAUUCAACGGGGCUUUUCUCAGCUCGAAAGCGAUUAGUG